UGUAGAAAAAAAACUUCAUACCGAGAGAAAUAGCAAAUUAUUUUUGCAGGUGUUGCCUUUUUUGUAAAAAUUAUUAAGAAAAUUGAAUAAAUAUCUAAUAAAUUCUUAGUCAAACAAAAGAAAACACUAAAAUGGAACAAAUGGAUAUGGAAUUAAAAAAGGCAUUCACCGAAAUGCAAAUAAAUAAAAUAGAAACCACCAAGAAAAUGAAUAUGAUCGAUAUGAAAUGUGAUAUGGUAAAGACCGGCAAACAAAAAUAUCAAUUGACCGAAAAGGGUACCAGUGAUUUAACAGAUGAUACCAGAGUAUAUUUAUCCGUAGGACGCAUGUUUGUCUUAACCAGCGUCCAGGAUAUGCGCGGUGACUUAAAAGCUAAGCAAGAGAAAUGUGAUAAGGCCAUUGAAUUGCUAAGCAAAAAGAAAGAAUUUCUGGUGAAAUCACUAAAAGAUCAAGAAGAUGGUUUACGUGAAUUAGUGCAACAACGUAAAGAAGCCGAAGCCGCCAAAUAGAUAAACAAAAGCUAGCAAUCAUCAACAUACAUUUUAACAUUAUUGUUUAUUUUGCAUUUAAGCUUUAAAAACAACUCGAAAAAAAAACAAGAGAUAAACACGUACUAUAUUUAACAAUGAUAAACCUACUUGCAAUUAACACAAAAAAAGAAACGAAUACCACUUUUGUGUUUAAGAGAAAAAUUAAAAUGUAAUUUUUGUUCUUUUUCUAAAAAAAAACCGAAAUUUUAGUUUAACAUUUUAUAAAAUCAUCUAAAUUGAAAUUGGCAUAAGAAACGAACUCAUUUCCCAAGUUACGUUCAUGUUCAGGUUGAAAUUUACAUUUAUUAACCGGUAGGCAGGCAGUCAGCCAGGGCUCUACUAUCUCGCCCGAACAGAAUAUAAUUUUUCCUUGAGGUUUCAAAAGAUUUUUUAUGAUUUUUGAUAUUUUUGUUAUACAUUCCUCGGAGAGAAAGGGUGGAUCGGCUAUGAUUACGUCAAAUUUAUGCCAAAGUUCCUUAAGAUAGUUUUCAUUGUCGCCUUCGUUAAAGUCGUAAAAUACAAAAUCAUCUCCAUAAGCUGAGAAACGUUUGUCGAAUUCAAAAAUUUUCACUGUAAAGAAAAACACAAUACUAAACUAAAUUCUGCAAUGUUAGGCGAAAAUUAUAAGGAAUUCAAACAAUUGGUAUCCCAUGGCAAUGGAAUCUUCGAAUCGACCCGAUUUAGGUCUAUCUGUAUAUGAUUUAUUUCUUUCAAAAACUUACCAUUUUCAUGUAUUUCCUUAACAGUAGCAUAUAGAGAGGGACUGGAUAGUAAAGCUAUACUAUAAGACGACUUAUCCUGUACCUCUUCCAAUAAUUGAUUGACAGCAGAACCCAAAGACUUUUUAGUGCCAGCACUAUACCAAAAUUGACUCAAUUGCUAAAAUAUAUAAAAAAUGUAAUCAAGUAAUAUAACAAACUUCCUCUAAACAUACCCAAUCUUCUUCAAAUUCUGCUUCUUUUCCAGCUUUUUGUUCAAUUUUAUCCAAUUCCUCUUGCCCACGUUGAGCCUUUUCAGCUAAAAAUUGAUUUAAAAUUGCUAAAGUAUCAGCCGGUAAAGAAAUGUCAUCAUCAAUCAUGUUAACAGUAGUUUAAUAUACAAAAAUAUUAAUAAUUUAAAAGUAAAAAAAUUAACUAAAUAUAAACAAAUAUAUUGUUUAUUUAUUACUGCACGCUUAAAAUUAACCUUAAAACAUAAACUUUGUUAUUGUUUAUUGUGAAUUGUUCAACUCUGUGUUUAUUUUACAGUUUGGAAGUUACUGCUGAAAUAUGACAAUUACUUUUUUUUAUUAUUGACAUUUUGCUAUUGUGAUUGUGAAAGUUUUUUUUUUCUUACAAUAAAAUAGAAAACUGACGUGUGUGUGCGUAAAUAUUUUUUUUCUUAAAACGCGGACGUAGUAAUUUCAGUUUUUAAUAAAUUAUACUUAAAACGAAAUCCUAGAAAUUAAUAUUACUUUAAUUUAUUACCUAACAAAAAGACAA